AUGUCUGCCUUUAUGUAUACCCACCACCACCACCAGCAACAACAACAACACCCUCACCAUGGUGCCCAUUUGGCUUCACAUAAUCACCAUGGUCGGUCUCGUCGGGCCCCGAAAAUGGCUGCUCAGAAUCCUCAGCGUCAAUUCCGGGGUGUCAAGAGCAUGCGAGAGCUCGCCGAGGCUCCCGCUGUGACAGCUUUCCGUGCGAGAUUCGAAGCCGGCCGAUCUUUCGAUCUGGAUGAUGACUUGGAGUUCUGCCCCAAUCUCCUAACUGAGGACGAUCUUCAUUCCAUUCACUCCGCCUCGUCCGAUAGAUCUUCGCUAUCUAGCGGAUCACCGAACACUUCGCCUUUGCAGCACCAGAUUCAGCCUGUGCAACAGGUCACUCCUUCAAUCUCUCUUUCUCCCGCCUCUGCCAAUGCUUAUGUCCACGCGGGCAUUUCUGGUAACCCUAAUCAACUCAACUACGGGCAACAGUCUUCUGCCAAUCGGACCCGCAAAGUCAUUCCUAUCAUUAAUCCUAAUACUGGGAUGACUUUAGCCAGCCCACCCUCUUCCAUUUCUCCCGCCAUGAUGCAGACUGUCCAGCGCCGCUGGUGA